AUGUUCGCUACACGAUCCUCAAAACCGACGUCGUCCAGCAGUCGACGAGCGUCAUCCGGCAAGAGCAAGAAGAGCGACGACUGGAGCGAAGUUACUGAUCCGGAAGAGCGCCGCCGCAUCCAAAACCGCAUUGCUCAGCGAAAAUUUCGCGAAAAGGCACGCGAGCAGAAGGAGCGCUCUGAGCGUGAGUCCCGCAACCAAGAACACGCCGCCAGCAGCUACCAGGUCCCGGGCCCUGAUGACCUGAGUGUCGACGACCAGCUCUCGGGUGUGCCCUGGGGCGGCCCCAGCAUGCGCUUCAUGGUCGCCAAAGGCCACGAGUCUCUCGGCGGCGGUAGCGGCAGCCGUCACAGCAGCGGCAGCCGGCAUGGCGGCGGCUCCAUGUCCGAGUACUACUUUGACGACACCGCGACGGUCUAUGCCCACGGCAGCAGUGGCGGCAGCAGCAGUGCCGGUUCCACUGUGCCCUCGAGCUUGGCUGUCUCUUCCGCCGCCGCCAUGGCUGGUCACGCAGGUACCACGGCACCUACGGGGGCCUACUAUUACAUGGCUGAUGACGGUAGCCAGGCCUACUCCUACAGCAGCAGCGGUGCGAGUGACAGCCGCGGGAGCAAUCGCAGCAGCGACGACUUCACACAGGCAACCGCGUCCCAGGGCGACCAGUACUACGACGACGGCUCCUUUUACUACGACUACGAGGCUUAA